GCCAUCUUCUUCUUCUUCUUCUCGCUUUUAUCAGAGGGGGAGACAGCAGACGCUCCUUCAGGCACAGAGGAGCCCGAGGACAGUCGAACAUGAGCGGAGCCAAAGCCCGCAGCGACGCGCCUGUUGCUGAAAAUGUCUCCAGCGGCGGGCACAGCACUGCGGCUCCUCCGCGGGACCGCAAGCCCGGCGGAGGGGUUCUGAAGAGGCUCAAGUCCCGGAGGAGCCAGGUGGACAGCAGGCCCGUGACGGAGGAAGACCUGCGGACACAGAGUGGACACAUCACGCCGGAGGAUGUGUUAGGACUGCGGGUGGCUACGCGAGGGUACCUCUGUAAACCCGAGGACAAUAUUUAUAACAUCGACUUUGUGCGCUUUAAGAUCAGAGACCUUGAGACCGGCACUGUCCUGUUUGAGAUCGCCAAACCCCCGCAUACAGAGGAUGAUGAGGAGAACAGAGAGGCAGACGUCAGCGCAGGCCGUUUCGUACGCUACCAGUUCACCCCAGCCUUCCUGCGACUGAGGACCGUGGGAGCUACGGUGGAAUUCACAGUUGGAAACCGGCCUCUAAACAACUUCCGGAUGAUCGAGAGACACUACUUCCGUGAUCACCUGCUGAAGAGCUUUGACUUUGACUUUGGCUUCUGUAUCCCAAACAGCCGCAACACCUGUGAGCACAUCUACGAGUUCCCUCAGCUGUCUGAGAGUCUGGUCCGUCAGAUGGUGGAGCAUUCUUAUGAGACCCGGUCAGACAGCUUCUACUUCGUUGAGAACAGACUGGUCAUGCACAACAAGGCAGACUAUGCUUAUAAUGGAGGACAGUGAUAUCUGCCUGUUUGCAUGCAAACACACACACACACACAAACAUGUGCAUGCACACACAUACUCUCAUUUAUAGAUAUACAUAUACACACAUGCAUGCACAUACACGCAGAUCAUUCACUUAUACACGCACAAGCAUCUCCAGACAUGGUUGCGUUAUAUCUGAAGUUUGUGAAGAUGAAUUUCCAUUCUUUGCUGCCAUGUUCAGGGGAUGUUUUUGAUAUUGCAUAAGGCCAAUAUCAGUCUGUACUCUGACAUCCAAACAGGAAGCUGCUGUUAGCAAGAGGUACAAAUCGGGUUAAUUUAAUCUGUUUUUAAUUAUGGACAGAUCGCUUUGUAACCAAAGAGGACUCAUCAUUCUAGUGGCCAUGUCUGUUUGUCUCAAAUAGACCAAAUGGUUAUUAGAUAGAUGGUUAGCCUCCUCUUAGCAAUUUUAAAAGUGUCCUACCACCCACUCAAAACACACACACACACACAUACACAUAUUUGCGCACACACACUCAAUCCCCAAGUGACACACAUAGUGUUUACGCAGUGUUUGUCAGGAGCAGCUGUUCUCAGAGCUACCGCCUCCACAAUCCACUCCAGACAAUAUCGGGGGAGAAAGAGAGAAGCCAUCCACAAAAACACUCCUGUCAAACCCACAUGGUCACUCCUGUGAUCCUCUCCCCACCUCCCUCUCUUCUUUCACUUUCAUAUGCACACAUAAACACAUCAAAAAUAGUACUGUAUAAGACUUUGAUCAGAGGUCUCUGAGAUCUUACUUUUCAUUUUUGUUUUACAGCUUUCUCUGGUUGAUAGCAGCAUGGGAAUAGAUCAGGUAACAGCAAGAAAACGAAAAAGAAGUUUCAUUUAGAAAAUGCUCAUCAUUUCAGAGAGGGGCACAUAUUCGGUAUCAUGAUACAUGUGAUGAUACAAACAAAAAAAAGGGAAAGAUUUUUUUAUAAAUCACUUUGUAUUCAUUAUGGAAAAAAAAAAAUAAUCGUACUUGGUCCAAGGAAGAGUUUGGGUUUCUUGAUUUGAAAGUCACAUCAAAUAUUCUUAUUCUCCAUCU